GGCGGUGGCUCUUGGGUGUGGACGAAAACAGCGUCUCGGUGUUGCAGAGGCUGACUUCGUUUCAGGCGAAAAAUGUCUCGGUUUAGAAGAGUGGAUAAGAUGGACCCUCUUGCAGGCUUCAGGACGGAGAACACAGAACCGACUGUUCCUUACGGUCUACUGAAGGCAGCGAGGAAAAGCGGACAGCUGAACCUAUGUGGCCGAGGGCUGACUGAGGUCCCUCAGAACGUGUAUCGUCUCAAUAUUGACACACCAGAGGAGGCCCAGCAGAAUGUGUCCUUCGGAGCAUCAGAUCGCUGGUGGGAACAGACUGACCUCAAAAAACUGCUGCUCUCAUCCAAUCAGCUUACACACUUGUCAGAAGAUAUCAGACUACUGCCUGGACUGAUAACACUCGAUCUCCAUGACAACCACUUGAGCAAUUUACCCGGUACUUUAGGAGAACUGCAGGAACUGCAGCAACUGCGACUCAGCCAUAAUCAACUGUUGUCACUGCCAGUGGAAAUAUGUACUCUGAAGAACCUUUGUAGCCUCACAUUGCAGCACAAUCUCCUGGAGAGCCUGCCAGAGGAACUUGGACAACUGGAGAAACUGACAGAGCUGGACCUGUCCAGCAACCAUCUAAAGGGCCUGCCCUCCACUGUUGGCUGUCUCACCAGUCUACAGAAAGUAAUCCUGUGUCACAACAAGCUUACUUCUCUGCCUGACAGCCUAGCACAGCUCACAAAUGUUACGCUAUUGGAUUGCAGCAAUAACCAGCUGACUGAUGUUUCUGCUAGCCUAUCAAAGAUGCUCAAACUGGAGCAACUUUACCUUAGACACAACAGGCUAUGCCACUUCCCACAGCUCCCUGCACCUGCACUGAAGGAACUGUAUGUUGGGAACAACCAGAUUGAGAAGUUGGAGACCGAGCAGCUGGCCAGCCUGACAGCAUUAUCACUGCUAGAGCUCAGAGACAACAAGAUCAAAAUCCUCCCUGAGCAGAUCACUUUACUGAGCACACUCACACGCCUUGACCUCACUAACAAUGACAUUACCAUUCUUCCAGCAUCUCUCAGUCUGCUACCCAAUCUGAAGGUGUUGCUGUUAGAGGGAAACCCCCUGCGAGGAAUCAGGAGAGACCUUCUCACCAAAGGAACCAAUGAACUUCUGAAAUAUUUAAAAGGAAGAAUUAAAGAGGAACCUGAGAGCGCAGAGGAAGAACAUACAACUAUGACAUUACCCAGCCAGGCCAUGGUCAAUGUACAUAACAUUAAAAGUCUCAAGGUAUUGGCGUACAGUGACAAGCAGGCAGGUAGUAUUCCAGAUGAGCUGUUUGAUGCUGCAGCAGAUCAAGGUGUUACCACUGCCAACUUCAGCAAGAACCAGCUGACUUCCAUUCCUCCCAGACUGGUGGAGCUCCACUCUUCGCUAUCAGACAUCAAUCUGGGUUUCAACAAACUGACCUACUGUUCUCCUGACAUCACCAAAUUACUGCAACUGACACACAUUGAUCUCAGGAAUAACCAACUAAGGGAUCUACCAUCUGAGAUGAAGAACUUAACUAAACUGCACUCCAUUAUCCUUAAUUACAACAGGUUUGAGUCCUUCCCUGAAGUCCUUUAUCAGGUCUUUUCCCUAGAGACCAUUUUGCUUGGUAAUAACCAGGUGAGUGGAGUGGACCCUUGUCGUCUCAUAAAAUUGGUUCAUCUGUCAACACUGGAUCUGUCAAACAACGACCUACUGAACGUCCCUCCCAAACUGGGCCUGUGUACUAGCCUUAGGUGUCUCAGUCUUGAGGGGAAUCCUUUCCGCACACCUAGAACAGCCAUUGUGGCCAGAGGAACGGAUGCAGUGUUGGAGUACCUGCGCAGCCGCAUACCUACAUGACCCAGACCUUACCUGAGAGAGCUCCACCAUCAUGAUGAAGAUGCAUCCCUUUUGGGCUGGCCAAUCAUCAUUUUUAGCAAUUUUAAACAUGUAUGCAAUUAAAUGUUCACUUUUUUUUUCUUGAAAUUGGAAUGCCAAAGAAAGUUAAAGGAAAACAAGAGAAUUCCAGUUUCAGCUGCAGGAGUCGGGUUUGUAUUAGAUGGAUAUGAAUUGAAACUUGAUUAAUAUUUUUGGGUAAUCAUAUUUCAACUGGUGCCUGCAGUUGUGACUGAAACCACUGCCAAAGGCACCUCUCUUAAUAAAGCUGUGUCUAUUAAUUAUAAA